CACAACUCCUUCAAAGGGUCAAACAAGUUGAAUGAAUUUCUGACCUCGUUGAAAUCCCCCAUAGCAAUGCGGUCGGAAAGUGCCUUCACCAACCUCCCCCGCUAUGGCAGUCAUGCUUGGCGCAUUGCCCUAGACAAGGCAAUGCUGAAGCAGGCUUCGCUCAAGCUGAAGCUUGCCGAGGCGCAGCAGAAGAGGGACAUGGAGGACCAUGAGCUGCGUAAGAUUGAUGCUGGUCCCCUUGCAGAGCUGAAGAAUGAGAAGCGUUCUCUGUCAGCCGUCGAGCACAAGGACAAAGCGAGAGCGAAAUAUUUGGAAGACAAGGCCCGCCAGCUGUCAGAUAGCGUUGUGAAGGAUCUCAAUGUGGAGCAAGGAAAGUUCAACAUCGUGCAAUGGUACAAGUCGAAGUCUGCGAGGGAGUCCACCAGUCAGAGCACCGAUGCGGUCACCAAGGCAGAAAGCAUGUGGAAGAAAGCUGCUUUGGACAGCAAGAAGCUGAUGAAUCUUGAGGGCCGUCCUGACUACAGGAAACUAUCCAAUCAAGAGGCGAGCACUGAAGUACGGUUGAACAUUUACAGGGCUAAUGUUGACCGUAUCAAGGCAAAGCUCAGGAGAAUCUCAGCAAAAAUUCAUGGUUUGAAUGCAGAGAAGAGCGAAGAAACCCGCUGGGCAGCCAGGGGCCCUCAAGAGACGAUGAACAUGGGCAAGACUACCAUGGUGAACGGUCAUCCUGCAGCGAUACAUUCCAACACUCACAAGGCAUCUGGCCCCUCCGAGCAUAAGAAGGCACUUAGAAACAAUAUCGAGGCGGUCGUGGGUAAGGAGCUGUCUGACGAGGGGGGUUCGCCUGCGAGGUUCGAGGAGUUGGCGAGCAGUGAUGCGGCGGUGCGCAAGGCAGAGAGGAAGUUCCAUACUUCCACCCCCGUUAGAGUUGCAGAUAUGGUCUACGAUGCUGCAAGGAACGCCAAGGCCAAUCCAAAGGUUCCGCUCUUGGAGCGGAAAUCUAUUUUCAACUGGUAGAUGCACCAGAGCUGUAACUUAAACACUUGUGGGGGAAUAGAAAUUGUUAUCGAUCCUG